AUGGCCGAUGCUGGCGCACGAAAAGCUUACCGAAAUGUGGUAUCGUCUUGCGAUCAUCAGGCCUUAAAAGAAUGCUUAGACAGGAACAACGGUGACAGAUCUAAAUGCAUUAAAGAAUGGGAAGACUUUCAACGCUCCUGUGCUGAAAAUAAGAGGUGCUUUUUAGUGAAUGUUUUAUAAAAUCAAAUGGGUUCAUCCUCGGUGUAAAAACCUGUGAAGUUUUUCUUUGUUUUCUAGCUCUUGUUUUCCUUGUCUCUAUUGUGUUGACUUCUCAGUGGCUUCGUGAGUUUCAUGUACGUUUUUCCACCAAGUAUGAGCCAUGAAAUGUCACGUGCCAAUGAGAGGACAGCAAUUCAGUCGUGGUGUGCAACAAAUGCAGACUGCAUUGUUAACAAUGUUGUGAAAUGCUCUUAAAACUAUCGCUAUCACUAUAAGAGCCACCCAGUGGAUAUGCCAAAAUAAAGCCAUUAUCAUUAUCAUUAUUAUCAUUAUUAUUAUUAUUAUUAUUAUUAUUAUUAUUAUUAUUAUUAUUAUUAUUAUUAUUAUAUAGUGUUUUUGAAUGAAUAGUUUUUUCUUUUUUUUAAGCAAAUUAAUUGUAAAUAGGAUUUUAAUAGUUUUUUAAUAAAAUUGUCUAUUAUUAUUUUAUUAUUAUUAUUAUUAUUAUUAUUAUUAUUAUUAUUAUUAUUAUUAUUAUUAUUAUUAUUAUUAUUCUGUGCAUGUCUCACACCCAGAAGUGGCCUUAUUCUCCAAAGCAUCAAGCUAUUUCCUAUAGCCUUAAUUAGGUGUCUAGGGUCCUUAUUAGGAGCUUGGCUGUUCCCAACAAACAAGCUUUCGGGAGCAAUGCAAUAAUCCCAGGUGUUCCCAACCUGCCUUUCUUUUUCUGCUACCCAUGUAUCAAAAGGACAAGCUACAUCGACAAUAAAGCACACCCUACUCUCCUUUUCCAGCACUACAACAUCAGGUGGUGAAGAUGAUGAUGAUGAUGAUGGUGGUGGUGGGUGGUGGUGGUGGUGGUGAUGAUGAUGAUGAUGAUGAUUAUCAUUAUUAUUAAAACUAUCCCUAGACUCCAUAGACUUUUUAAGUCUUUGGAUACUUCUCUUGAUAUAGUUAACCGUGUUUAUCUACAAGUCCGUGGGCUUCCUUUUUUGCACAUUACAACAGUUGCAACAGUUCGCUGGGAAAAGUUUUUGGGAAAGCUUCGAGGACCUUUGCAUUAGAUAAAAGGAAAAGUUGGUGGGUUUCGAAACAAGGUUUUCAUGGGAAUUUUCAGGUCAACCUUACAUGGUUUUUUGCCUUUUUCUCUGGCCUCCUUGACUGAAUCAUGCUCAUUCUAGUACCGUUUCUAAGAUCUUUUCACCAUGCACAAGUUAAAUGACAAAGUUUUCCUUGCCAUUAAAACUGAUGAUGUCUCAAGUAGUAGAAGGAGUGCGGAUCCGCAUGGGAAGUUAUGGCAAGUUCAGGGGUAAUUAGGUUAAUUAUAAACAGCUUCCACUGUCAUUCUUUUAUGGAGCAUUGUGUGUGUUGAAUCAGUGACAGCUGGCACAGUUUUAAAGGGAUAACUUUGACCUUCUUGCAAAAGUGAGAAUUAAGAGUUGAAGUGGAUGCAUAUAUGCAAAGGAGAUGUAUUUCUUUUGUUAAUGGCAUUGCCAAAGCAUGACCGCAUUAAAAUAUGUUCAAAAAUAUGUUCAAACGUGCGAAUUUCAUAACAAAGAAAAAAUUGUCACAGGAUAUUCUUAUGUUAGCCAAAUAUACUCACAUAAACUGCUUUUCAUGGUGUGGUUUUCUUGAUCAUAAUCCAGCCACGGGUAGCUUUUCAGCCAUCGCGGCUAGAAUUUCUUUUGUUGGAUCAUUGACAUCAUUCAAAUUUUCAUGAGCAACUUGCAUUGUUGUGCUGUCUUUAUCAGAUUCAUCUUCACACUGCUUUCUUCAUUUGAAAAAAUAUAACAAAGGUUUUGUCUCUUUUCAGCCAUAACCAAUGUCUUUCGUUCACAUGGUUUGCUCAAAAAAGAAUCAAAGAUGGUGCCCGCAUUAUAACAAGUGUUGUUUUGGCUUUGGUCUGACCAAUCACACACACUGUGAUCUUGUAAAAUACAUCCAAGAUGGCGGGGGUUGCGUUGUUUGGUGUACAAAUUGCGGCUCAAACUAGGGAUUUUUUUGCUAUAUGGAAAAUUGUACCCAUCUCUAACAUUAAUCACUACCAAAAGACACAUUUAGAGUAUUUCAUAUUUUAUUUUCAUUUCGCACAUUUGUCAUAAUUUACGAAAAUUUGUUAAGACAAAUAAAAAUUGUCUCAGACUAUGUCCGAAGACUGACCAGCGUGGAUCUGAAUCACUGAAUUCUUUUACACACCAAAAAAUUCUACCUGUAAUCUCCUAUUAGGGGUAGUUGUGCAAGUCUUUCCUGUCCAAUAAUCUGUUUCUGUACUUGACCAGCUAAGUUUCUGUUCAUGUACAUGUAACUGCUAUAAACCUCUAAAUUUUUUUUUUUUCUGUUAAUUUGUAGGAAAUUACAAGAAAAACAAGAAGCCGGAACUUGUGGUUGCGAUUAA